GGCGCGAGGUAUCAUGGAGGAUCAGUAGGCAGACUGCGGCCAGUAGAGGAGGGUAGCAAGCGCUCUGAUCCCCGGGACUUUCUCAACUGUUUACCGCCCGUUUCUCCACCACCACACCGGCUGCUUCACCAUGGACAUGAAGAAAAGAAUCGCCUUAGAGCAGCGGAACCGGAGCCCGGCAGAGAUAGCAGAGCUAGUGGUGGACAACAGUCGCUCUGCAGACGGGGAGGUCGAAGGUCUGACGGACGAGUUCACGGAGCUGGAGUUCCUCAGUAUGGUCAACGUGGGUCUGAGCUCGCUGGCUAAGCUGCCCUCACUGCCCAAACUACGCAAGUUGGAGCUCAGCGACAACAACCUGUCGGGUUCUCUGGAGACUCUGUCGGAGAAGUGUCCCAACCUGACCUACCUCAACCUGAGCGGGAACAAGAUCAAAGAGCUGAGCACCGUGGAGGCUCUGCAAAACCUGAAGAGCCUCCAGAGUCUGGACCUGUUCAACUGUGAGAUCACGUCUCUGGAGGACUACAGGGAGAGCGUGUUCGAGCUGCUGCCUCAGGUCACCUACCUGGACGGCUUCGACCAGGAGGACAACGAGGCGCCCGACUCUGAGGCCGACGACGAAGACGAGGACGGCGAGGACGGGGCGGGGCCGACCGGAGAUUACGAUGAGGACGACGACGAAGAGGAGGAUGAGGACGGCUCAGAGGGAGGAGAGGUGGGGCUGAGCUUUCAGGUGAACCGGGGCGAUCAGGACGAGGACGAGGAAGACUAUGCAGAGGAGGAGGAGGAAGAGGAUGCAGCGGGCGUUCAGGGACAGAAGAGGAAGAGGGACGUGGACGACGAGGGCGAGGAAGACGACGACGACGAGGAUGACUAGUCCUCCAGCCGAGCGUUGUCUGUGUGUCGUCCUGUCCCGUUUCUGUCCGUCUCAGUCCACCUCCGGACCCGACCUCCGCCAGACAGCAACCACGGCAACCACGGCGCUGCGACCCGAGAUAGUUGGUUUCAGUUUGUAAUAGAAUCACGUGUUUAUUUUUAGAUGAUAUAUGAGAUUUACAGAGAAAGAUUUUAUCUGAACUCCUCACGUUUCCCUUUAAAACCUGGUUCAGGAUCAAAGCUUGUGUCUGCCUCCUCUCCACAUCCUGGACUCUGGUCCUCGUCUCAACGUCUCGCUGGACGACUGAAGUCCGGCCGCAGUUUUCUGGUUCCUGACUGGAUUUCGGUGUGAUUUUGGCUCCUGCUUGUCCUCACAGAAACAGGGAGAUUUCUUUCACAGCUUCAGGGACAGCAGCUCUUCUCCUACUGGCACUAAAGGACCUUCUGAUGUAGAUUUCUGCUUAAGUCCAGUGCAGAUUCCAGAUCCGUUCGUCCCUCAGAUGCUCCUUUAAAUCAGAGAUCGCUCAGCUGGUACUGCACAUGAUUUAUUUUAUUGAACACGAUAACUGCACAUGCACAUAAAAUUACAAGUAGCUCAUCAAACAGAAGAAAACCAAACUGUUUCUUUGUGAAUCAUGUCAUGCGGCCUCCUCACAGCAACAUAGAAAAACUGAAACCCUAUAUGACAGCAGCAGCUACACUUUAGGAGCAACUUAACUCCUGCACUCAGGAAUUAAAUGGAUAUUUAUUUAAAAACUCAACAACUUCAAAACAUAUUGAAACCUUCCAUGUUUCCUUACAGCUUGUAGCUAAAAUAGUUUGUACAGAUGCUUUUUAAACAGCUGGCAGUGUCUGAAUCAUACACUGGUGUUCAGAGAAAGUGCAUCACCUAGAAACGUCUCCUUUUGCCACUUCCACUCACCUCUCACUUUGGAGCACAGAGGUCUAAAUUAACAAACUUGAUUUAAAAAGGCUGCAGCUUCUGUCUCAGUCCCUGUUACAUGAAACAAACUCGCAUGUUUUCUUGAGUGAAACCUGGAGGAGAUGCAGAGACAGAGCAGGAAACCUUUGAAGACAGCAGAUUUGUGUCCACCUAAAGUAAAAACAUAUUUGUCCGUGUAAAUAAUUAAUUUGCAACCCUGUAAAUCAUGUAAGAGCUGCAAGCCACAGCUAAUGUAAUAUUACAUCAUCACCUGCGUCUGUUUUUGUCUGGUGCAGCCUGUUAGAACUCUUGUUUCAGGUUAUUCUGAUAAUAAUUAGAUUUUAAAGCGCGAUGCACUUUGUUUGAACAUCUGUGUAGUUCAGCUGUGGAGUCGAUUUAAAGCUAACAGAGACUCUUCCUCCUGCUCCGGCCGUUUACUUUAAACCUCUGAACUCCAAGCAGGUUCUGGGCGUUUUUAGCUCCUGUCACAUUUUUACUCAGUGUGGGCUCAUUUGUCAGUACUGGAAAAUAACUGGAGACUCCACACACUGUAGAUAUUUUACUACUAAGAUUUUUAAUUUGUCUCCUCUCUGUGUAAACGCAGCCUGCAGUGAGGAAAAUGAACUUUUGUCACGUGAAGCUGACUCGCUAAUAGCUUCAUGGUUGCACCGUGGAGUGCAGAUUAUUUUUAGGUUUUACACAAUCUGGUCAGAGAAAACAAUUUAUCUUAGACAAUUUUUUAAUUGAGACGUGUAAAGGGAUUUUAAUGAAACAUUGAUAAAGUUUUUUGACUCAAAAGCACAUCAUGGAUGAGUACUUCAAAGAAUGUCGGACAGUUGAAAAUCUAAUUUAGGUUUUCCAGUUUCUGGUGAAUACAUUUUUUUCAUUUGGCAACUUUUUUUUUUUUAAGGCAGCAUGCCUGUUAAACCCGCCGGCGGGUUUUGGUGUUCAGAGGUUUAAACAGCAGAGUGCUCUAAUUACAUGUUUCUAAUGAAAUGAGAACAAAAGUGACAAUCUUUAAAGCUUCAUGCAGUCAUAUAGUCGGUGUGAGCGCCACCUGGGACAACACAGGUCUCGUAAUCUGCACUGGAUUUUAUUUAUUUUCUUCCUGCAAGCUGGAACCAUCAAAGUCGGAGCUUCACCUGCAGCAGAAACCUCUCCUCUGGACCUUCUUUUUCCUUCCAGCUUUUUACUGUUCGGCAUCAGAGACGGUUCUGCAGGAAAAGGACGUGAACACGUUCUCAGGAGCCUCGAACAGGACAGACCAUCCACACCGAAUCUGAUCCUCAACCUUCUGACAGACCAGAGAACAAGAAGUGGCUUCGUCCUGCAGCCAUAUCAGUGUGAGCGGAGCGGAGAGGAGAGCGCCCCCUUCAGGACCGCACAGCCAGUCAGGGAUGUUCACUCGGCCCCGUCACAGUUAGAGAUAUGCAGACCUGCUGUCGCUCAGGUCCACAUAGGAGAUCCUAGUGAUGAUCAUAUUCCCAGUGUGUGUUUGAUUUGUUGUAGGGGGGAGAUGGGGGGGCGGGUGGGAGGAAUAUUUAGUUCUGAUGUGUUUUUUUCUUUUGUGUUAUUGAUCAGCAGCUGUUGAUGUUUUUAGUUUGAUGUAAAACCGAGCGGCUCAUCCUCAAACUGCCCAUCCCUGCGUGAUGAUCACACCGCCGCCGUGUCGCACUUCAGGCUCCGCCUCCGACAAAACGACCCCCAGUUUGACCUGAGCUUGCUGAAGAUGUUUCAUGUAUGGUGCAUUCAGGUCACAAUCAGAAAACAAACAAGUAUUAAGAAAUGUCUCGAAAACAGACACGUUUAAAUUGAGCCAACUUUAUUUAUGCUUGUUGAUGUUUAGUGACUUUUAUUUUCCAGCGUUUGUUGCUGAGCAGGCUGCAGGUUUACUUCCUGAUUCACCUGAACUCAAAUGCCUCAGGUGAUCCCACCGCUUUGAGUAUUGGAGUAAGCAGGUUGCUUUUCAUGAUGCUACCUUCUGCUUCCUCUUUCCUCCUGGAAAUCGUUCCCCCUCCACCAUCAUGGAGGGUUUUCCUGUUAUUUUAUUGCACCUUGAGGAGACGAGGAGGCUUCAGGAGGAGCUCAGAGAUGAAACUCAUUUCUCAUUUGGCAGCUUCGGCUCGUCCGUCCUCGCGUCACUUCUUUACGUCUCAGCUUUUCCUAGCAUCAUGAAAAGCAGCCACAGUGUUUUUCUUUGUAGGAGGUGGAGCCUGAAACCAGACACACCUGUCACGUCUGAUUCAGGUGUCGCUGCUCUCUGCAGCUUUUAACUCUACUUCCUCCGGCUGCGUUAACGAGGACCAAACCCGACCUGGCAGGAAUGAAACGAAUCCUUCAGAUACUUAAUCCUUUACUAGCACAGACAGAAUGAUUGAGUCCAUCAGCAAUCUGAAGAUACUUUUAUCUGUUCGUUUGCGUCCUGAAGCGUUCUGUUUGGUCCUGAUGAAGCAGCUGAUCUGACUUUUAACGAACUGCUGUAAACUUUUAGCUUUUCUUGCAUUUACUCUCCUAAAAACAACACGUCUGUUUGAAAACACCUGCUCUAAUCAAAUGCUGUUUUUAUAAGAUUCAGCAAAUAUCUCCUCAUGGGCUGCGAGCUGUUCCUUCUGUGCGCGUUGAAAAUAAAACCCAGUGUUCGUACGCAGCCUUGGCUCUGAUAAUUAGAAAUGAAGCAGGUCAGAUCCACCAAACGACAGCGAGGCUCGGGUGUAAAAACGACACAUGAAAAGUUUCCAAUGUGCUGACAAGAUUCUCAAAAUGUCCUGGAAGUGGCGAGUUAUUUAUACGUAAUCCAGUCAUAUCAUGUUACCAACAGCUGCCAAACUGAACUCUGUGGUUAGUCAGUUUAAGAAGUUUUUCUAAAUUUAGAGAAACUUUAAGGAAAUAAACUUAAUUUACGUGUUUGAGUAAGUAAUCAGCCGACUCAUAUGCAUUUGCUGGUUUUAAAUAACUCAAAAAUCUGUUCAAUAAACUCAUUCCCACCACUGUGAGUACUAAAAAAUAUUCACAAAGAGACGAAAUGAUCAGUCAGUUAAUUUCAAAACUAUUUGGAAGAUGAAUUGUUUAUGAGUGAUGGUUCAUGAACCAUGAGUAAUGAUAGCUUAGAAAAAUCUGGUGUGUGUUUAAACUGGUGUGUUGUUUUAGGGAGUGUAAAGGUCAAAGGUCACGUCUGUCGGACCUGCUGAGGUCAGGGUCGACUCCGGUUUUUAAGGCAAUAUUGUAAAUAGACUCUGGGCUCAGCUUCGGGUUGGUUUUUAUUUUUUAAACAUGUUUGUUUCCUGCAGCGAGGUGGUAGUUGAUCCCGUCUCCGACCUCUGACCCCGGCUCCUCCGUCAGCUGUUACUCCCCCUCCGUCGUCCGUCUGUGGGGAAAAACUGUGUUUGACUUUUUGUGGUGUAACAAAAAACAUGUCGAGGGUUUUGAAUAAAAAAUACAAAAGGAAAACUG